AGUAUUAAUGGUCACAUGAACGUGACGCGCCAUUAAAUACUCGUAGGUCAUCUGGUCUGGAUUUUUGACUGAGGAAGCUGUACUGAGAAGCUUUGUCUAGCAUUGUAUUCGAUAUAACUUUGAUUUGCCAGAUUACCUCUAACACUUUUUCAUCUUUGAAAAGUAAACAUGAAAUUUUUGUACAAAGAAGAGCAUCCUUUUGAGAAAAGAAGAGCUGAAGGCGAAAAGAUAAGGAGGAAGUACCCAGACAGAGUUCCCGUUAUAGUAGAAAAAGCUCCAAAGGCACAUAUUGGAGAUCUUGAUAAAAAGAAGUAUCUGGUACCAUCAGAUCUAACAGUUGGUCAGUUUUACUUUCUUAUCCGAAAGAGGAUUCACCUGCGACCUGAAGAUGCUUUGUUUUUCUUUGUGAAUAACAGCAUUCCUCCAACCAGUGCGACAAUGGGUUCAUUGUAUCAGGAGCACCAUGAAGAAGAUUCCUUUUUGUACAUAGCAUAUAGUGAUGAAAGUGUUUAUGGAUUUCAGUAAUGCUAAUAAACCACCGGUUCUUGUUUUGUGUAUUUGUAAAUGUCAUCGGAAGCCUGCAAACAGUUCAGAGAUGCAAGCAGAAUGUUUAAUUUUAUUGCUUAUUAUUGUGAAUUAUUCCUUAUGUUUGUGUUUAGUUCAAAAUUAUGUAUUUUUAUUUUAUGGGAAAUAAAGUGAUGUUUUAAGUCAUAUGUUUAAUUACAUAUGUAAAUGUUA